CCCAAAUUAGACAACAUAACCUCAAAAUUUUUCAAAAUUAAAUACCACAAUGUUUAUUUUUCGUUGUAUUUUAUUUACAAACUUAAUUUUAAUUAGUUUUAAUGGUUAUAAAAGUGAGGAGUAUUGUUAUGACAAAAACAGCCAAUGUAAAGACAAGAAAAUUAGAUAUUUAUUUUAUGAUGUAAAUCCUCCAGAAGGUUUUAACUUGAGAAGAGAUGUAUACAUGAGAAUGGCUGUUUUAGCAUAUAAACUACAUAAUUUAAGACCCGAUAAUCUUAAUAGCUUUAAAUUAGUUUUACCUCCUUGGUCUCACCUAGUUCAUUGGGAUUUUAGUCAAUUUCCUGAAUAUAUCCCAUGGUCUUACUAUUUUGACCUAAGUAGCCUUAAGAAUUUUGCACCUGUGAUAGAAAUGUAUGAUUUUUUUAAUGAGUAUAAGAAUAAAUAUAGUGUUAUUAUUGAAGAAACUUAUAUAUUGCAACAUUUCGAGGAUAUGUUUGAGUCAGGAAACUUCGAGGAUAGGAUGGAAGUUGAAAAAUGUACCAAAGAUUAUAAGCCUUUAUUUUUUCACUAUAGUAAUAUUACUUCUAAUAAUGUUAAAUGUUUGUCUUUUCAUGGAUCUUCCACAAAUCUUAUUAAAUUGUUUAAUGAAUCAACUGCUAGUACAAUUUACAUUGAUCAUGCUGAAGUGGCUCUUCAUGAAAUGUUUGGAAAUAAAAUUUACUGGGAAGCCAGAAGAAGCAUGAGAUUUAAUAAAGAGUUAGUUAAAAUUGCGAAUGACUUCAGAAAAGACUUUUUAAACUCUACAGAUUUAAGUGAUUUAACUACAAUACCUGUAGAUUGGAGAGAUGAAAAACCAAAUAGAAAUGCCAAAGGUGGCCCCUAUUUAUCUGUUCAUAUGAGAAGAAAAGACUUUGUAAAGAGUAGACCUCAAGAAACCCCAAGUUUAAAAAAUGUUAGUGAGCAAAUUAAAAAAACUUUAGAUAAAUUAAAAUUAGAUGCAGUUUUUAUAUCUACUGAUGCCCCAGAUAAAGAGUAUAAAACCUUAGUCGACCUCAUAGGUCCAAAAUACAAGGUAUUUAAAUACAGUGGAGACAAAUACGUAAAAGAAAAAUUCAAAGAUGGAGGGAUAGCUAUAAUUGACCAAAUUAUUUGCUCCCAUGCACGUUACUUUAUUGGUACGCAAGAAAGCACUUUUUCUUUCAGAAUACAGGAAGAAAGGGAAAUCAUGGGGUUUCCUGUUAAAACUACAUUUAAUUCUUUAUGUAAUAAUGAUGGUAUUUGUCGAAAGCCGUCACAAUGGAAAAUUGUUUAUUAGGUUAAAGUAUGUUUAAAUUUAAAAAAUUAAAUUAAAUUUUUAUAUUUUAAUAAAAUCUUUUAUAAAUAAUUCACUUAUUACUUGCGACAUAACUAUCUAACAUUUGAUUAUAAGCAGAGCUGGGAAAGUUACUUCUGAAAAGUAUCUAGUUACUUUUCUAAGAUACUUUAAAUAAAAUAACUUACUUACCUCUGGUAACUAAGUAGAUACUUCGAGUUAAAAGUAUUUUUAGUUACAAGAUACUUUAAAAAGUAUUUAGGAUACUAUCCGAAAGUGUAUAAUAGACUGGGCCAAAAAAAAUCGACUAUUUUUUUUUGGAAAGUAUAUCGAAAAUAUUGUUUGGGGUGACAAAAAAAAAAUAUGUUGAAAGUUUGAGUCCAUAAUAUUAAUAUUGAGAGGUCUAUCAUCGCAAUUUUAGAUUUUUUUUUCGAGCGAGUUUUUGUCUCAGAACUCCCAAAUCAUUGAGUUUAACAAAAUUGACUUAAGAAUAUUUUUUGAAGAAAAUUGAAUGCUCUACAAAAAAGGUUUGAUUGUAAUUUUACGUCAGAUGAACCCUUUUCUUACAAUCAUGCCUUAAAAAUUGGUAUAGUUUUAGAAUUGAAUCUUUUAGCUUUGGAAUUUUGUAAUUCAAGUAAAAAUCAGUACCCUGAAAAAAAAAACGAUAAAUAUUCUUAGGGGAAAUCAAAUGGUCUACAAAAAAGUCUUUUAUCACUAAAUUAUCCCCAUCAAAAGUUAUUCAAGGUUAAAUUUGAAAUCAAAACGAAAUUUUAACCUUGAAUAACUUUUGAUUGAGUGAAUUUAACCAAAAAUGUUAAGAGGCUUUUUUUGUAAAGCAUUUGAAUAUUUAUCGUUUUUUAUGGGUACUGAUUUUUACAUGAGUUACAAAAUUCCAAUUUAAAAGAUCAAAAUUUAAAACUAUACCAAUGUUUAAGGUAUGAUUUUAAGGAAACGGUUCAUCUGACGAAAAAUUUCACUUUUUUGUAGAACAUUUAAUUUUCUUAAAAAAAUAUUUUCAAUUCAAUUUUGUUAAACUCAAUGGUUUGGGAGUUCUAAGCCUAAAACUUGCUGAGGAAAAAAAAAUUAAAAUUGUGAUGAUAGACCUCUUAAUAAUAAUAUUAUGGACUCAAACUUUCACAAUAAUUUUUUUUUGUCACCCCAAACCAUAUUUGCGAUAUACUUUUCAAAAAAAAAUAGUUGAUUUUUUUGGCCCAGUCUAGUGUAUAAGAUAGUAUCUUAAAGAUACUAUAUGAAAGUAUCUGAGAUACUUUUGAGUAACUAAGAUACUUUUAAGUAACUAAGAUACUUUUGAGUAACUUAGUUACUUUUAAGUAUGAAUAAAAACUAUUAAACUUAAAAUUAUGAAAAUUUUGAAAAAGUUGAAGGUUAUAAUUUAUUUUGAAUCAUUCUGGAAUUCCCCCAAUUUUGUUACUUUAAAAAAUAUCUUAGUUACUUUAAAAAUUAUUUUAGUUACUUUAAAGUAUCUAAUUAGUAACUUAAGUUACUUGAUGUAUCUUAGUUACUUUACCGAGUAAUUUAGAUACUUUUUUAGAUACAAGUUACAAGGUACUUUCCCAAAGUAACUUGGUUAAAGA